AUGCGUUCUAGCCAAAUCCUGGACGAUCCCACUUUUGGUCCAAUCCCCGCCAAAUCAUCAUAUUACACCAGUAACAAUAGCACCUCACGUCCCUUUCCUGGCAAUUACUCGCAGCCAGUCUUCCCCACAAGCAAUGGUACUGCAGGGGUCGAUGACCUUCUCUUUCAGAAUCUCCUCGGUGCAGAAUGGGCCAUCUAUUCCUUUUAUCAAUUCGGUGUAGAGACCUUCAAUCAAUCCGUUUUCGAAGAAGCCGGCUACCCGCCACAUACCUAUCAGAGAAUUAUCGAAAUUCGCGACAAUGAAGCGGGCCAUGCCCGUAUCUUUGAGGAGCAAAUCUCCAAUGCCUCCACUAAGCCCGCACCCUGCAAAUAUCAAUAUGGAAUCACCAGCCCUGUCGCCUAUCUUGCUGCCCACACCGUCGUUGAGAUUUCGAGCAUGUCCUUCCUGACAGGCCUCAUUCUCCAAGCACAGCUAAACUCGUCCAAGGCAGCCUUGGUCGCUAUUGCCGAGACAGAAUCACGACACGAAGCCUGGGGCCUCAUCGACAUCUGGCAGCAGUCUCCCUUCGCUGGCCCCGCCGACACAGUCUUCCCUUACGCCAAUGAAAUCCUCGACACAACCAAAGUGUUCAUCGUGCCAGGCUCUUGCCCAGCGGGCAACCCAGAUUACCCGGUCCCAAGCCAAAAGCUACCAUCGUUGAGCUAUAAAGAGAAAUCGACGACGCUGCUGCCCGGGUCUCCGCUCACGUUUGCCUUUUCUGAUCCAACCAAUCAGCCAUCUUUCGAAGCCGGCAAGACUUACUACGCCGUCUAUUUCCAUGGGCUGCUUAGUAUUACGGAGCCAUUUGACACAAAGACCAACGCGUCAAUUAUACCCCCUGAAUUCGAAGCUAGGGGCUUGUUUCUUGCAGUCAUUUCAGACAAGCCUGGUGCACCAACGAUCGAUUCCGUCAAGGCAGGACCGUUGAUCAUUACUGAGCAACCGGUGGAGGUUAAUAGUGGGAUCAUGUGA